AUGUCUAUCAAGGUUGUUUUUCAUCAUGGAGGGUUGUUUGCAAGGGACUGGGUUAUAACGUACAAGGGUGGGAAAGAAAGUAUGGUGGAUAUUGAUAAUGAGAAGUGGUCUUAUUUUGAGCUGAGAGGGUAUGUCAAAGAUAUAUGGAAAGAGUUUAAGUAUGAGAACGGGUUUAGGAUGUGGUGGAUUGUUGAGGAAGAUGUUGAUUUUAAACUGGUUAGGGUUGAUGAAGAUGCUGAUGCAAUCAAGGAGUAUGCUACAUUGAAACAAAGAAAGGUUGAUAUAUACAUUGAGCAUGAUGUUAUUGACAGUGAUGGUGGUCUGGUUUUUUUCCCCAAAUAUAUAGCUGGAGAAGAUGAGGUUGGGUCUGUUAAUAGGAAAGAGAAGGAAAAUGUUGCUUAUAAGGUUGGGUCUGUUAAUGGGAAUGGGAAGGAAAAGGUUGUCUUUGAUGAAGAGUCUGAUGAUAAUAGUGAUUGUAGUAGUGAUGAUGACCUUAGAGGAUGUACACUUGAUGACAGUGAAGAUGAAAGAGAUUUAGGUUGGGAUGAUGACUUUAUAUUUGCUGAUGAGAUAGCUGUGACUGGUAAGGAAAUUGUGGAGAUAGAAACUGGUUCUGGUAGUGCUGCUGGCCCAAGUCAAUAUACACAGAUGUUAGAUGGAGUUGAAAUUGAUGCUGAGUAUGUCAGUGAUGAGUUAGGAAGUACUGACCCUGAUGAUUCUGAGAGUGAGAAAGGUCCUGUUUAUGACAAGUUUAGGAUGGAACAGCUUGGCCCAAAGUAUAAGUUUAAGGUUGGCAUGGAGUUUAAGUCCAUAAAAGAGUUUAAAGAAGCAAUAAUUGAGUGGACUAUCUUAAAUGGGUGGGAGUUGAAGUUUUUGAAAAAUGACAAAACCAGGUGUAGGGCAGUAUGUAAGAAUGACUGUGAUUUUGUUGCUUUAUGUAGUCAAGAUGGUGGGGCCCACACUUAUAGAAUAAAAACUUGGUCUGGGGUCCACACAUGUGCAAGGACAUUGGAAAAUAGAUCUGCUACCUCUAAGUGGGUUACAAAAGCUGUCCUACCAAAGAUGGUUGGUUCUUCUACUAAGUUAAGAGUGACAGACAUCAUGAAAGAUCUAAGAAGGGAUCAUGCAGUGGGAGUUACCUUUGCAAAGGCUUGGAAAGGAAAGAAGGAAGCACAUAAAAUUAUUGAUGGUGAUGCUGCCAAACAAUACACACUGCUAUGGAGGUAUGCAGCUGAGAUUUUAAGGGUAAAUGACAAAAACACUGUGAAAAUCAACACUAAAAGACCAGUACCAACACUUCAGCCAAGAUUUGGUUCAUUCUAUUUCUGCUUUGAAGGCUUGAAACUAGGGUUCUUGACUGGAUGUAGACCAUUCAUUGGUGUUGAUGGGUGUCACCUGAAGACACAAUAUGGUGGUCAAUUAUUGAUAGCUGUUGGAAGAGAUGCUAAUGAUCAAUAUUAUCCUUUGGCCUUUGGUAUUGUUGAAGUGGAGAACAAAGAAAGCUGGAGAUGGUUCUUAACACUGUUACUUGAAGAUAUAGGGACUGAGAGGAAAUGGGUUUUCAUUUCAGAUCAACAAAAGGGAUUGAUGUCUGUGUUUGAUGAGUUAGUUGAAGUUGUUGAACACAGACUGUGUUUGAGACACCUUUAUGCUAAUUUCAAGAAAAAGUUUGGUGGAGGGACUGCAAUUAGGGAUUUGAUGAUGGGGGCAGCUAAAGCAACCUAUUAUCAGGCAUGGGAAGAGAAGAUGAUGCAGCUUAAGGCAUUAGAUCCAGGAGCAUGGGAGUGGCUUAUGAAGCAUGAUACUAAGUUGUGGUGUAAGCAUGCAUUUACCUACUACUCUAAAUGUGAUGUUUUAAUGAAUAAUAUCUCAGAGUCUUUUAAUUCCACAAUCCUACUUGCUAGAGACAAACCAAUCAUAUCUAUGUGUGAAUGGAUUAGAACUUAUUUGAUGAAUAUAAUUUCAACUAUUAGAUCUAAGGUUGGUGCUUGGCAACAUAGGAUAAUGCCAAUGCCUAGGAAAAGACUUGAUAGGGAGGUUGCACUUAGUGGGGAAUGGAUACCAACUUGGAGAAUUGCUGAUGAAUUUGAGGUUGGGAAGUUGUAUGGAGGUUUCCAAUACAUAGUUGAUAUAGGAAAGAGAACAUGUACUUGUGGUUUUUGGGAGUUAGUGGGGAUCCCAUGCAGGCAUGCUGUAGCUGCAAUGGGAAAGAGGUCAAGGAAACCAGAAGAUUAUGUAGAUGAUUGCUACUCAAAAGAAACAUAUGACAUAUGUUAUAGCUUUAAUGUUAGUGCAAUCAAUGGACAAGACAUGUGGCCAAAUGUUGAAGUGGAAGAUAUGCUUCCUCCAACCUACAAGAAAGGUCCAGGAAGACCAAAGAAGCUAAGAAGGAGGGAACCUGAUGAACCUGAUGCCAGGAAAUAUAAGAGGCAGAAUUCAAAGUAUAGGUGCACAAAAUGCAACCAAUUGGGGCAUAACAAUAGAAGCUGUAAGAGUUCAACUGUUAACCCAGAGGCUCAGAAGAGAAAGAGGAAACCACCAAGGAAUGCAAGACAGGAUGGACAAUCAGAAUCUGCACCAAUGAAUGAUCAAACUGCACCACUGAAUGAUCAAGCUCCACAAGUGACAACUGAACCUCCUCCAGUUCAAAAUGACCUAACUGAAACUGCUCAACUUGCAGAACCUGCUAACAAUGUUGCUCCUAUUGUGCCCACUAAGUCCAGACAUAAGAAAUCAAAAACUGUGGCAUCCAAGUAUCUGUCAGCAAAGCCCAAAAAUGUGAAAACUAGAGAUGUGAAUUCAUUGUCUGAAGUUGUGGAACCUGUCAACAACUAUGUGAGUGCUCAAGCUGCCAACCACAAUGUGAAUGCUCAAGCUGCUAAGGUCCAUCGAAAGAAAAAACAUGCUGAGAUGGUCUAUGAUGUUAACCAUCUGAAAAAGAAGGCAAAGACCAUAAUGACAUGGCAUGGAAGAAGAUGUGAGCCAUCUAACCAACUGUCAGCUGCAAAGGUACCAAAAUAUAAUCUUAACAACUUAAGGAGGAGUGGCAGAACUUGUUACUUUGGGCCACAACCUAAACCAGGUGCAGCAGGAACUAUGGAGACAAAUCCAAUUGAAAUUGGGAAAGAAGAUGGGGAAUUAACUCAGGAGAAUUGAGGAUGCUUAAGUGUUUUGUGAACUUUAUUAUUAUAAUGUUAUUGUAAUGUAAUGGCCCAAAACAAUGCCUUCUAUUUUGGA